AUGGGAAACGCUGCCAUGUGUAAGGUGUGUGGCUCAGAGAAGGGCCUGAGGACCAACAGGAGUCUGUCUAACCUGGACCAGAACACUUGGCCCGACUACUACUGUGAGGAGCACUUUCCUGUGCAGCCUCCACUGAUGCUGACAGAUUAUAAAAAUGUACUUCUCCUUUUUCUCUUCCAGUCCGACAGUAACACCAGUUUCCUGCGAGCAGCGAGGGCAGGAAACAUAGACAAGGUUUUGGAAUAUCUGAAAGGAGGAGUGGACAUCAGCACCUGCAAUCAGAAUGGUCUCAAUGCUCUUCACCUGGCAGCAAAGGAGGGACAUUUGGACCUGGUCCAGGAGCUCCUGGAUAGAGGGGCAGCAGUGGAUUCAGCUACAAAGAAAGGAAACACAGCUCUUCACAUAGCCUCUCUAGCCGGUCAGGCUGAAGUGGUGAAGACCCUGGUGAAACGAGGAGCUGACAUCAACGCACAGUCCCAGAAUGGGUUCACUCCUCUGUACAUGGCGGCUCAGGAGAAUCACAUGGAUGUGGUGCGAUAUCUGCUUGAGAAUGGAGGAAACCAGAGCACGGCUACAGAGGAUGGCUUCACCCCUCUGGCCAUCGCCCUCCAGCAGGGCCACAACCAGGUGGUGUCUGUGCUACUGGAGAACGACACUAAAGGAAAGGUCCGGCUUCCUGCUCUGCACAUCGCCGCACGCAAGGACGACACCAAGUCAGCCGCCCUGCUGCUUCAGAACGACCACAACGCUGAUGUCCAGUCGAAGAGUGGAUUCACCCCGCUGCAUAUCGCUGCCCACUACGGCAACGUCAAUGUGGCCACGCUCCUGCUGAACCGAGGGGCGGCGGUCGACUUCACGGCAAGGAAUGGGAUCACUCCUCUACACGUGGCGUCCAAACGAGGAAACACAAACAUGGUGGGUCUCCUGCUGGACCGAGGAUCACAGAUUGACGCUAAAACACGGGAUGGUCUGACUCCUCUUCACUGUGCGGCUCGGAGCGGGCAUGAUGGGUCUGUGGAGCUGCUGCUGGAGAAAGGAGCGCCGAUGCUGGCCAGGACCAAGAAUGGGCUGUCUCCUCUUCACAUGGCGGCUCAAGGCGACCACGUGGAAUGUGUCAAACACCUGCUGCAGCACAAGGCUCCUGUUGAUGAUGUCACACUGGAUUACCUGACAGCGCUGCACGUGGCGGCUCACUGCGGUCACUACAAAGUCACCAAACUGCUGCUGGACAAGAGGGCCAACCCCAACGCCAGGGCGCUGAACGGCUUCACUCCUCUGCAUAUAGCCUGUAAGAAGAACCGAGUGAAAGUGAUGGAGCUGCUGGUCAAAUAUGGAGCCUCUAUUCAGGCGAUAACUGAGUCUGGUUUGACUCCCAUCCACGUAGCCGCCUUCAUGGGUCACCUGAACAUCGUCCUGCUGCUGCUGCAGAACGGAGCCUCGCCGGACGUCAGCAAUAUUCGUGGAGAAACGGCGUUACACAUGGCAGCCCGGGCAGGUCAGGUGGAGGUGGUGAGAUGUCUGCUGAGGAACGGAGCCAUGGUGGAUGCUAGAGCACGGGAGGACCAGACUCCGCUCCAUAUCGCCUCCCGUCUGGGUAAAACUGAGAUUGUUCAGCUGCUGCUGCAGCACAUGGCUCACCCUGAUGCAGCCACAACAAACGGCUACACCCCCCUGCACAUCUCUGCCCGGGAGGGGCAGGUAGAGACAGCAUCUGUCCUGCUGGAGGCCGGAGCUUCACACUCACUGGCCACAAAGAAAGGUUUCACUCCUCUGCAUGUGGCCGCUAAGUACGGGAGCCUGGAUGUAGCCAAACUUCUGCUGCAGCGUCACGCUCCGCCUGAUUCUGCGGGAAAGAACGGCCUCACCCCGCUCCAUGUUGCAGCACAUUAUGAUAACCAGAAAGUGGCGCUCCUGCUUCUGGACAAAGGAGCGUCCCCGCACACUAUGGCCAAGAACGGCUACACCCCUCUCCACAUCGCUGCCAAGAAGAACCAGAUGGAAAUCGCGACGGUGCUGCUGCAGUACGGAGCCGAGACCAACAUCCUGACCAAGCAGGGCGUCACCCCGCUCCACCUGGCCUCUCAGGAGGGACAUGCCGACAUGGCCGCCCUGCUCAUCAGCAAGGAGGCGCAGAUCAACGUCGCCACCAAGAGUGGCCUCACUGCUCUCCAUCUGGCAGCUCAGGAGGAUAAAGUGUCCGUCGCAGAGAUUCUUGCCAGGAACGGAGCCAACCUCGACCAGCAGACCAAAUUGGGAUACACCCCGUUAAUUGUAGCAUGUCACUAUGGAAACGCCAAGAUGGUCAGCUUUCUGCUUCAGACCGGAGCCAGUGUUAAUGCAAAAACGAAGAACGGAUACACACCCCUCCAUCAGGCAGCGCAGCAAGGAAACACACACAUCAUCAACAUACUGCUGCAGAACGGCGCCAAGCCCAAUGCUAUCACUGUGAAUGGUAACACCGCUCUGGGCAUCGCUCGACGGCUCGGUUACAUCUCCGUGGUCGACACGCUGAGGGUCGUCACUGAAGAGAUCAUCACCACGACAACGACGGUGACGGAGAAGCACAAGCUGAACGUGCCGGAGACCAUGACUGAAGUGCUGGAUGUGUCUGAUGAAGAGGGUGAUGACACGAUGACAGGUGAUGGAGGAGAGUACCUGAGGGCCGAGGACCUGCGAGAGCUCGGAGAUGACUCGCUUCCCGGACAGUACAUGGAUGGAAUGAACUACCUCCGCUUCAGCCUGGAGGGGGGACGCACUGACAGUUCCGACCGGUCGUUCACGCCCACCCACCACAGCUACUACUCCCCCAAACAUGAUGGAAUCAUGGAUGAGAUACUCAACUGUCAGGUUUCUUCACUUGGCAGAGAGAACGAGAGGGAUUCGUACCGCCUGAGUUGGGGCACAGAGAACCUGGACAACAUCGCUUUGUCCUCCAGCCCCAUUCACUCUGGCCAAUCCUCUCCGUGCCAUGAUCAUGGAGACCACAGCAGCUUCCUGGUCAGCUUCAUGGUGGAUGCUAGGGGCGGAGCCAUGCGUGGUUGCCGGCACAAUGGCCUACGCAUCAUCAUCCCUCCAAGGAAGUGCAGCGCUCCCACACGGGUGACGUGUCGACUGGUGAAGAGGCACCGACUGGCCACCAUGCCGCCCAUGGUGGAGGGGGAGGGUCUGGCCAGCAGGAUCAUCGAGGUGGGGCCGUCUGGAGCUCAGUUCCUCGGUAAACUCCACCUCCCAAAUGCCCCCCCACCUCUUAAUGAGGGGGAGAGUUUGGUUAGCAGAAUCCUGCAGCUUGGCCCGCCGGGGACAAAAUUCCUGGGUCCUGUGAUCGUGGAGAUCCCACACUUUGCUGCCUUGCGAGGUAAAGAGAGAGAGCUGGUCAUCCUGAGGAGCGAGACCGGAGAGAGCUGGAAGGAGCAUCACUGUGAGCACACACAGGAGGAGCUCAACCAGAUCCUCAACGGCAUGGACGAGGAGCUGGACUCACCGGAGGAGCUGGAGAGGAAGCGCAUUUGCCGCAUCAUCACUAGAGAUUUCCCACAAUACUUUGCGGUGGUGUCACGCGUCAAGCAGGACAGUAACCUGAUUGGUCCCGAAGGAGGCAUCCUGAGCAGCACUGUUGUACCCCAAGUACAGGCCGUGUUUCCUGAGGGGGCGCUCACCAAAAGGAUCAGGGUCGGACUACAGACCCAGCCGGUGAAUGUGGAUGUAGUGAGGAAGAUCCUCGGGAACAAGGCCACCUUCAGCCCCAUCGUCACCCUCGAGCCCCGCAGGAGGAAGUUCCAUAAACCCAUCACCAUGACCAUCCCCGUCCCCAAGAGCAACUCUGACCCCGUCCUCAACGGCUUCGGAGGGGACACGCCCACUUUACGACUCCUCUGUAGUAUCACAGGUGGAACCACGCCGGCUCAAUGGGAGGACAUAACAGGAACCACUCCGUUAACGUUCAUCAAUGACUGUGUUUCCUUCACCACCAAUGUUUCUGCACGAUUCUGGCUCAUAGACUGUCGACAAGUCCAGGAAUCUGUCAACUUCUCCACCCAGGUGUACCGGGAGAUCAUCUGCGUCCCCUACAUGGCAAAGUUCGUCAUCUUUGCAAAGACCCACGAUCCCAUCGAGGCACGCCUCCGCUGCUUCUGCAUGACGGACGACAAGAUCGACAAGACCCUGGAGCAGCAGGAGAACUUCACAGAGGUGGCCCGCAGCCGAGACGUAGAGGUCCUGGAAGGCAAACCCAUCUAUGCAGACUGCUUUGGAAACCUUGUUCCCCUCACCAAAAGUGGCCAACACCAUCUCUUCAGCUUCUUUGCCUUUAAGGAGAACAGACUCGCACUCUUCAUCAAAAUCAGAGACAACACUCAGGAGCCGUGUGGCCGUCUGUCAUUUAUGAAAGAACCCAGAAACUACAGGUCACUCGCACAAAACGCCAUCUGCAACCUCAACAUCACACUCCCAUCAUACUGCAAGGAUUCAGAUUCAGACCAAGAGCAAGAGGAAGAGGUCAGCAGGACGCAAGAGAAAUAUGAAGAGACGGAGACAUCAGUCCUGAAAUCAGAGCUGAUCCGAGAACCAGACCUCCUAUCCGACGUGUCAGAGAUGAAACAGGAUUUGAUUAAAAUGACGGCCAUCUUGACCGCAGACUCGACAGAGAAAUCCUCUUCUUUAAGAGGGUGUGGUCUAGAGGCUGAGGAUGUUUCCGGAGAGCCGUUAGAAAUAAUGGAGAAGGACUUAGAGAAAGUCAAAGAGGACCUAGAGAAAGUCAGUGAGAUACUGAGGAGCGGAACAUAUGAGGGUGAAGCUGCAGCGGAGUUAGCAAAAGCAGCUAGAAUGGCAGAGGAGUGGGUUCUCCUCUCAGACAGCGAGAUAGAGGAGGCCAAAAGGAUGGCAAAAUUAGAAACUCAAGAGCCUGUCUUACGGGAGACUAGAGCAAACAGAGGGGCUCCCAGGCCUAAAGCCAUAAAGGACAGUGGUGACCUUAAAGAAUACCUCCUGGAUGCACCGGUCAGCUCCAAAACAAAAGCUAAAAAAGAGCCAGCUGCUCAAGAAAAAUUCACCGAUGUUGUUCUCCGCAAAGGUGCAAAACCAACCACUCCAACCAAAGCGCAGGACAAAACUGCUGCUGGUAAUGUUAAAAAGCCAGUCAGGAGAAAGGGAAAAGACCAGGUAGAGGAGUCGACAGAUGCAGGUGCUCUGCUUAGUGUGCCUACAGCCCCUUCCCCAGCAUCACCUGUAUCCCCGGUGGUUGAAGAAACUCCCAUUGGGUCAAUAAAGGACAAAGUCAAAGCCUUACAACAAAAAGUAGAGGCAGAGCAAAAGAGCAAAAAAGUCACUGGAAGCAAGCCUUCACAAUUGCCUGUUAUAAGCAAACCUUCUCCAAAAGCCAAAGAAAGCCCUAAAUCAAAACAGGGCCCGCCUAAAUCCCCCAAAGCUGAAUCUGAAAAACUUGAGGAGACCAUGUCAGUUAAGGAACUCAUGCAAGCCUUCCAGACGGGGCAGGACCCCUCAAAGAGAAAAUCUGGGUUAUUUGAGCUCAAGUCAUCCACAACGUCAAAAUCAGAGAAAACAACUAAAUCAGAAACCAUCCAGUCAAAAUCAUCAGCCAAAGCUGCAACCUCACGAGUCUCUCAAGAACGAGAAGUGUCUUUGGAUUCCAAACCUCGCAAGAAAGCUGCUGAGGCCACUCAGCAGGACAAAGAGAAAGAAACCAAACCAGUUGCUGGCACCCAUUCAGAGCUAACUGAAACUGUAGACUUUGGAAAUAGUGGCCUUGAUGAUAGCUCUGACAGCUCCAAACAUGAGGGUGUGGCAGAGUCACUAAGUGCCAGUUCAGGAGAUGCAACCCCUCAAAUGAGCUCCGAGGACAGUUUCAAACACGAGGGUCUUGCUACUCCAAGCACAAGCCCAGAAAGUCUUUGCCUUUCUCCAAAAACUGGACAGCAGUCGUCUAUAACAUCUGAAACAGUCAAAAAAGAGAGUAAAGAGACAGAGCAGUCUGCAGACUCUGGAGUAGGGACCACUGGUGCCCAACUCUCUACAGAAUUGGCCCUCCCUGCCUCUUCCAGCGAGGCUGCUGAAGACCACGCUACAAGUGAGUCUAUUUCUGUUAGGAGGAGUGAGCCUAAGCCAGCCAAACCUCAAAAGCUUACAAAGAGAGUUUCAGAGACUGUAGAAACGUUUCUUAGCGAUGACGACAGCCCUGUUCGUCAGCUAGAAUUGCCUUUAGUUGGUUCUUCAACCUCGUUAUCCUCUUUUCAGCGUCAUGAUAGCUUAGAGCUGGCUUUAAAGCAGGACUCCGAUGCCCUCAGUCCAUUAGCUGACGACUCUUUGACAAUAAGCCACAGAGACUCUCUAGAUGGUAGUCCUCUCAUGGACGAAAACUCCUCCCAUAAAUCCCCAGACUCCAUUGAACCUAGCCCAACCAGGGAAUCCCCCCCUCAUGACUCAUUAGAGAGUAGCCCUGUAGAGCAAAAAAGCCACCCAUCUUUCCCAUCAGCUCUAGGUCCAUCUAGUGAACCCUCUAGCCAUCCAGAGCCUUCCAAAGCUACAGAGUUCCCCCAAGAUGCUUUGCGUGGUAGGCUGCUCCGAGACCAUGAGCCUAGUGCUGAUGAUGACAGUUGUGAGCAGACGUCUCAGAUGACAAGUUCGGGUAAGAGUCCCCUCUCUCCUGACACUCCUAGUUCUGAAGAGGUAAGUUAUGACGUAAACCCCAAUCCCCCAGACCAUUCAUUCCUAACUGUUCCAUCCACAUCGGCUGUCAUCCCCGAAGACCCAGAAGAAGAGGAGACAUCAGACAGCUAUGAAGCUCAGAGAAAAAUUACUCCAGAGGAGGAAAUGUUUAAGAUGGCAGCCAAAAUAAAAACAUUUGAUGAAAUGGAACAAGACGCAAGGAGCAAAAAGAACUCUAGAAAAGAUGCCAAAAUAGGGGAUGACAGCUAUGAAAAGUUAGACUCCACAACAGGUUUGCAUGAAGGAUCCCACAGCAAAGAGGUCAAGAGCACAACAACAGCCAAUGUAACUUCAGAGGGAUCUCACUCUGUCUCAGACAAGCAUCAUUCAAAGUCAAAUCUGGAAACUGCACCGGAACAUAGUGUCCCACAGUCUGUAAAACCUGUUGAAGACAGCACUGCGAAAAAGGCUGCUGCAACGCCAAGCGCUUCUAACAGGACUGAUGAGCAAAAGGAGGAGAGUUUGAGGAAGUUUAAAGAAACCAAAGGAGAUGAUAAGGACGGUCAAGAGUCAGAUGGUAGCAAUCGGCAGACCGGUGUGCUAAAACAAGGCAAUAAUGUAACAGAUGAAGUGAAAGGAGAUAAAAAGGGGCCCACAGGAGCGCCAGAGGCUGGACACAGUGCAACUGGUGCCUUGACUCUAACAACAGAAAAGUUCAAACCGGAGGUGUGUAUCUAUGACGACACAGAAGAGGAUGAUGAGGGAAUAGAGCCUCCGAGAACUGAAUCAAAAGGAGUCACUGCACGAGCAGACACCGACUCGUGGUCAGCCAUGAGGGAGGACGACGCCACGUUUGAAGCUCGUGUUAAAGAAGAGGAACAGAAAAUACUAAAUCUGGUAGUGGACCGUCAGUCUCUACAAACAACUCCAGACACAACACCUGGUAGAACUCCAACAGAAGAAAGCACACCCACCAGUGAGCCCAACCCUUUCCUGUUUCAGGAGGGGAAGCUCUUUGAAAUGACCCGAAGUGGUGCUAUAGAUAUGACUAAGAGGAGCUACGAAGAAGAGGGUGCUGGGUUUGCCUUUUUCCAAUUAGGUGAACAGCCUGUAGAGGAGCCUCCUUUAGAAGAGGCCAGGCAAGAAAGUAUAGGAGCAGCAGCAGAACCUGAAGUUGGCCUCAAUCUAACAUUAGAGAUUAAAACUGAUGAGCCUGAGAAACCAAAAGAAAAAAAUGAUUCUCAGCUUCAGUCCCCACCUGAAGGUGACCAGCAAACCUCUAAAUCUGAUACCUCCAAAUCUAAAAUCCCUAAAAUGGGCAUAGCAGCUUCAGCCAAACCUACAAAGAAAGAUCAGACAUCCCCUGAAAGUCUAGAAGCUAAAAAAGAGAAAAAGAUCAAUGAAGCAAGCUUAGAUUUAGACACAAGUUCCCCUGACCAGCUGAUAACAAAUGUACAGACAGCAGAAACAACAGUCACUAGAUCAGUUUACCCUGAGCAAGGACAGGAGUCCUCUGAUUCAUCCCCAGAGGAACCACAGUCAGUGAUAGAAGCCCCAAAAAACACAGGAAAGUCCAAACAAAAUGCUUCCAGUAGUGUUAAAAAGACCCCUGUCAAAACACCCGCUAAAUCUGCUCCUCAAGGUCGGGGUAAAUCCUCAAUCCCCUCUCCAUCCCAUUCAACCCCCUCUUCAACCACUCUCAGAAAAGAGCCCUCUUUCACUUCAGAAUCUAAAUCUAGAAUUCCCGUCAAGGCUAGCGCUCCAAAGCCUGACUCAAAUGUCAAACGUGCUGAAUCCACUCAGGACAAAAAGCUGAAGGUCCCUGUCAAAAAGGAUCCAAGAAGAAAAUCUGAGACAGAUGCAGGUCCCUCUGUUGAUGUCAAAACCAAGACAUCUUCUCCCAAAGCCAAGAGCUUCUGUGAGGGAGAGUCUACCAGGCCGUCUGCUAAAAAAGAGGGUCGCCCAUUGAGCGCAGAAUCAGCAAAAUCUAAAAGCUUCCAGUCCAGGUUGCCAGUUCGAGGAAAAAGCGGUCAGACAUCUCCUCUGACGACGCCGACUAAAGAGAAAGUCGAGCCACAAAAACAGUCCAUUGAAUGCUUCGAAGAGAUAGCCGAUGAAGCAGCAAAACUUGUGGCGAGGUUGGCACAGGCAGAGACAGAACGGGAAGCUGCAGCGGCCAUCUCAGACGAUGAGAGCAGUCUCAUUGAUACGUCAAUCAUAGAAAGAGAAACUUUCCCUGAGAUGCAGUUCCCUCCCUCAGGAGACGUCUUUCCCAUUAGACCACUGUGGGACGACCCUGUUGAGACACAGAUGCAGCGAAUCCCAGACGAUAAAGUCCAAAGUCAAGUAGAUCCACAGGAUGAAGCAGAGAGAAAAGAGCAACGGUUGGCCAUUAUAGCCGACCAUCUGGGCUUCAGCUGGACAGAGCUGGCACGAGAACUGGAGUUUAGUGAGGAGAGAAUUAACCUGGUACGGAUUCAAAACCCCAACUCUCUUCAAGAUCAAAGCCACGCCCUUUUGAAACUUUGGGCAGAGAGGGAGGGAAAGCACUCCGAUGAGACGACGCUGAUCAAAAGACUGACUAAGAUCAACCGAAUGGACAUAGUUCACCUCAUUGAGACCAAGAUCAACAAGUCCCAUCAAGACGAGACGUCAUCACAUACCUAUGCAGAAAUAGAGAGGACCAUAGCUCUGGAUCAUAGUGAAGGUUUCUCUGCCCUUCAUGAAGACAUUGACAGCCCAAGACCAGGCAGGCGCACCGAGGCCACACGAAGGAGUCCAGGCUCUGGACAAGACGUUCCCAUGGUGUCAGCAGAGGAACUUUCCUGUAGUUUGUCAUCACUUCACGACACAACGGGACGAUCAGAGGCGGAUUCCACAGCGAGAGGCCUUCUGAGAAACACACAGAAAGAGAAACUACAGAAAGAGAUGGAGACAGCAUACUCAUCAGAAAGAGUGUAUGAGGAAGUGGCAGACACGGUACACACAGGCAGUUUCAAACAAGAGAUAGCGGAGGAGCUAGGGUUUCUGUCCUCUGAUAGCUCAGAGGAGGAGGUGCUGACCACCAGGGUGGUCCGACGCAGAGUUAUCAUCCAGGCGGAUAAUCUCCCAGACAUCCCACUACAGACCGUCACAGAAGAGAAGUACACAGACGAGCACGGGAACAUGGUCGUGAAGAAGAUCACGCGGAAGGUGAUUCAUAAGUAUGUGUCAGCUGACGGCAUGGAGACGCAGGAAGUGACCAUAGAGGGCUCUCGCCAGGAGUCGGUGCAGAUCGAGGAGGGGGACACCGUCUCCAGAGUGGUGAAGAGAACGGUGCUUCGUAGUGAGGGAGACCAGAAAGAGUUGACGUUCUCGGAGCCCCGCGCAGCCACCGCAUCAGAGUUUGAGGCUGAGCCAGUGCAAGGUCGAAAGGUCAGCAAGGUUGUCAAGACAACAGUGGUGAGAGGGGAGAGGAUGGAGAAGCAGACGGGAGACCCCUCACUGGCUUCAGAUCUCCCCUCAGCCCGGGAGGACUUUGAGAAGGCGUUGAGCUAUGCUGGAGGUUUUGGGAAAGUGCUCGUGCCUUAUGUAGUAGAGAAAGAGAUUGUGCAGGACGACGGUUCUGUGGUCAAAAGAAGCCAAAUGCGUAAGUCUCGGACCCAGAAGAGGACUGUGGUGAGGGAUGCCCAAGGGAAGCACGUGCACCUGGAGCGUCUGGACGAUACCCCGGACGCUCUGCAGCCCGACGCCCUGCAGCAGCACCUGCACCAACUGCUCCAACGCUACUGUGAGGAUGACCAGGAGGAGGAGGAGGAGGAGGAGGAGGAGGAGGAGGAGUUCUUUGACUGAGCCGCUGCUCCUUACAUCUUCCACUGAAGCCUUUGGUGUUGUCCGCUGCCUCUGAUCCAGAUGUCCCCCUUCUUGUUGUCCUCGCUGAUCACUGGAUUUCUCUUUUUUCGUUCAAUAACAGAACAGUGUUUCUAUGCUUUUCCUCCACGUCGUGUUUCUUUUGCUCUUUUUGUGACCAAAGAUAGCACCCUUCUUUUUUUGUCGAAUGACGUUUUUUUUUUUUUUACCUUCUGGCUGCUUGUGGUUGUAUUUACGGUACGACGCACCAAAGGUUGAUCAAAGUCAAAGAGGGCAUCUCGGACGUUUCACCUCACGCACGGGCCUCUUCUUGAAGAACUCUUGUACACAUUUGUAAAUAGACGAGAUGAAGAAGAAAAAAUCACGCUUGGACUGUGUUGGGGAAAAAAAGUCCAAAAAAAGUUCAAAGCAUUUAAUACAUUAGCCCACCUAGACCUGCUGUACAUGCACCGAUUCAGCUGGAGAAUGGCCACCGAACAGAUGAGAUUAAUGUUACAAAGGAAUCUGGAAGAGUGAAUGUGUGUAUCCUCAUGGACUCCUUAAACAUUCAAACAUCACCCUGCUGAUCUGUUUACACACCUCUCGUCUUCCCACCAUGCACCUGCCUCUUACUUUUAUUUAUGUCCUUCUUUCUGGUGUGUGUCGUGUGUUCACAUUUGAUCUGUCGCAGAGCUGCCGUCUCUGUGCUCGUGUAUAUACGGUGUGUCUAUAGAGAGAGAAAGAAAGUAGUGAUGACUGUUUUGAUGCAGAGCGAGCACUUACUGCCCCCCCCCCCCCCCCCCACUGCUGUCCUCGUAGCUCCACCCUCACCUGUGCUGCUUCUCCUCACCUCAAACUGAAGCUCACACACACUCCCUCCAUCUUUUAACAGAUAACUAUGAAUUAACUCAACAAAUCCCAUGUGGAGAACCAAAACAACAAUCCAUCUAAAUUUAUAACCUGUUCUUUUUAAGUCUCAGAAACCUGAUAAAUAUCUUUUCCCUGCACCAGAUUCCAACUACGGCCAUUUAGCUCUGAUGACCUGCUCAUGGUAGGAAGCUCAAAUUUUGUUUUUUCAUUGCACUAAUGCAUUUUAGGUAAAAGAAAUGCAAAUAAUCAUACAACUCAUUCACUCGUUUUUGAUUCAUCAGCAACCCUAAGACAACGGGAAGUGAAAUUCAAGCGGGACAUCCGCUCUUAUUUCCAGUUAAACGUAUUUAAGAACUAUUAAGGCUAACGUUAGCGUUUAAUCAAUCGCAGUAGAUAUUAGGAAUAUUUAACUUUCUAUCUCAUAUUGAAGUGUUUCAACAAAUUCCCGGCUAACCGUUAUUAUACAAUAACAUACAUUCUUUUGGUUCCCUCGUUGAAGUCACAGUAACCAACCUAAGCAAGUAUGCUAAAUGAAAAGCUAAUGUUGGCAUUCAACCUUAUCCUCGCUAACAUUAACUCGACUCACCUUGAAUUAUAGAGCAUCUUUUCCAAUUCAAAUUCAAAAAACUUCAUUAUUCCCCGGGAGGCGAUUAAAAGGCACGUAGAGCAUGAAGAUAAAAACAAGGAGCAGCAAUGACGAGGUCGACUGAAAAUAUAAAUUGAAAUACAAAAUAGAUCAAGUAGACUAAAGAAAUCAGUGGAAAGUGAUCGUGCUAACAGCGGGAGACAUUUUAAAUUGCAACAAAGAAUUCAAUUUUUUAGAGACUUAAAAAUGUAAUUAUAAACAUUAAAAUGUCAGAAAUAAAUGAAUACAAGUCGAAUCAGACAAAGUUUUAAGUGAUUAAGCUCUGAAUAAAAUAAAAUGUUAAAAACAUGGCAGAAAGCUAGAAAAUCAUAAAAUGACUCCAAAAUAAAAAGCUCCUUCAAGAGCUGGCCAAGACAGCAGCGUCAAAGUUCCAGACAGAGAACAAAAGAAAGACAAGAAAGAGAUAUUACAUCAAUCAACAAAUCAGAAGCAUUAAGCAGAGAAACAUGAGCAUACAGUCGUCAAUGGUGUUUUAACAGCAGGUUCCACCAGCUGAAGUCACGAGCGCUUUAGUAAGCAUGAAACCGAUUGCAAUAGCAAACGUAGUAUUUUAAAAACUUCAAGCUAACACUAGUCUCACAACCUGCGAUGAAAAAGGCAUAAAUUCCUAGCUAACAGUAGCUAAUAGUAAUGUUUGAUGUAAACUUAGGAAGUUUCUGCAGCUACGUCACAAGAGCCAAAUGAAGCAUAAAUCUGAUUUCAACAGCAGACUGUUUAAAAAAGUGUGUCAGCCUGUUUCUACAUAGAUACAGAACGCUAAGUUAAUGCUAACUUCAGCAUCUAAAUGUUUCCAAAAACUUACAUUAGCUUUCUACACCUGGCUAGCUCACAUUUCUAUUUAACCCGAGCUAACACUAAUGUAUGUUAUCUUUAUUAGAAAUUACCGUUAGCUGGGAAUUGUUUAAAGUUGACCUUUUAAUGCUGAUCUCCAUUUUCAAACUCUCAUAUAGUGGUUGAAUGCUAACAUUAACGAUUGUCUAACAGUAUCUAAACUGUCAUAAAGUAGCAAACCUGAGUUUAACAACCCAUUGAUCUGAGGACUUUGCAUUGUUGGUUUUGGUUCUUUUUAUGGGGUUUGUUGACUUUUAUAAAAUGAAGCAUAACACCAGACGUAUCCUUAUCAGACACCUCAUUACAUAAACAUGCUCUGCUUUAAAAUGCUGUUGUUGAUUUUUACAUUUUCUGUCUCGUUAUCUCUGCUAUCAAACCAUCAACACAUCCACUGAAAGUCCAGAAAAUGUCUCCAGUUAUAACACGCACACUUCCUUAUUUAUUUAUAGCCGUCCAUUUGUGAUCCGUGUUUAACUCCAGCCGCUGACGCUGAGAGACGUGUGUUUGAGUGUGUGUGUUUGAAUGUGUUUUAAAAGCUUCAAAACAAAUGAUUUCUUUUCUCUUUUGUUUUAUUUUGGUUGCCAUGGCAGACAAACCGGAUUUGAUUGAAUCGUUGUACAGACUGAAUAAGUACGUUUGGUGUUCAUCUACAGCUGAGAAUUUAUGUAACAAGAUGAUCCUCACGCUGCCGUUUUGUUUGAUCCGAUGGAAGAAUAAAAGAAACGUCAUUGAUUUGAUAAAUCAGCAUCUUGUUUCCAUUGUGAUAACAAUAUAUACAUAUUAACAGUGCGAGUAUCUAUGCGGGCAUGUACGACUUUAUCAAAUGAUUACUAAAAUAAAAACAUGAACCUGAAACGCUAACCAGGCAUAGCAGCUGCAGUGUGUACAUGGCAGAACAAUAAAACUGUUCAUGUGUUAAAAGUG